AUGCAUGAAUAUGAAUACCCUUGUUGUGAAUCUAGUUUCUGGUUAUUUCUAAUUAUAUGUCUAGUGAUUGUGUCAUUGGCAGGCAUUACAUCAGGCCUAGCAUUAGGAAUAUUGUCAUACAGUCCGGUUGAUCUCGAGGUUCUCGUUAAAGCAGGCAGACCAAGAGACAAAAAGAAUGCAGAAAGGAUUCAACCUUUUGUAAAAAAUGGACAUUUUGUUUUAUGUACUCUUCUUCUUGGAAAAUCAUUGGCUAUGGAGGCACUGCCAAUUUUUAUGGACUUAAUCAUUCCAUCAUGGUUUACUAUUCUCAUGUCAGCACCAUUGGUGACUGUAUUUGCAGAGAUUUUACCUCAAGCUGUUUGCUCUAGAUAUGGACUUACUUUUGGAGCAAAAUUGGCUCCCUUUACUCAUUUUCUUCUGCUCAUCUUCUUUCCAAUAACUUAUCCAGCAAGUAAGGUCCUUGAUUGGGCUCUAGGGAAAGAACAUUCAGUUCUUCUAAGAAGAUCAGAGUUGAAGACAUUUGUGGACUUACACGCAGAUCAGGCAGGGAAAGGUGGAGAAUUAUCUCAUCAUGAAACUUCUAUAAUCACAGGUGCUAUGGAUUUGACUCAAAAGACAGCUAUAGAUGCAAUGACACACAUAUCUGAAAUUUUUUCUCUUGACAUAAAUUCCAAACUAGACAUGCACACAAUGACACAAAUAAUGAGUAAAGGUCACAGCAGAGUUCCUAUACAUUCUGGCAACCCAAGAAAUAUUAUUGGUCUCAUCUUGGUUAAGAAUUUAAUCUUCUGCCGUCCGGAAGACGAGAGUCCAAUUAAGAAUUUGAUUAUCAGGAAAAUUCCUAGGGUAUAUGAAAGUUGGCCAUUAUAUGAAAUAUUGAAUCAAUUCAAGAAGGGUCAUAGCCAUAUGGCUGUUGUGUUGAAGGGAAACAUGGAGACAGAAACCAAUGAAGCAGCUCAUGCUGUUGAUUCACCUAUAUUUUUGAAUAUAAUAACUAAUAAGGAAUCAAACCAAGCUCAUAUUAAUGGAGAAUCAAAUUCUUCAUAUGUACUAGAAAUGAGUGAGAGAAGUUCAAAUCAAGAAUCUAGUGAUGUUGAAUUUCAUAGUCCAACAUUAGAAAAUGUGAUGGUAUUAGACAAUGAAGUAGGACAAGAAUCAAAGCAAUGGGAGCAUGAGAUUGGAUGUAUGUCACAUGAACAAAUUGAAGCUGUUGGUAUCAUUACAAUGGAAGAUGUUAUGGAGGAAUUAUUACAAGGAGAUAUAUUGGAUGAGACCGAUGAAUAUGUACAUGUUCAAAAGAACAUUAAAAUUAACCUGAGGCAAUCUCACCGAUCACAAUCAAGAUCAUCAAGAAGAAAUUUUGGAUCUAGUCGUCGUUGA